AUGGAUGCCUGGGGACCUCAGCACAUUCAGUGUCCUGCCCGUCUGACCACUGAUACAGAUGCUCCCGUCAGCAAGGAAAGAAAGAAGGAGGAAGGACUAGAAAUAGACAAAAUAAUAGAGCCAGAGGAAAAGGAACCCAGCUUGAUCUGCCCCCCACCACGCAGCAGAAACUAUGUCCCCCCAGCAAAUCUACAGAGUAACCUCGAGAGUCUUGUCAAGGAGAUUUUUGGGCCUUCAGUUCCUGAUAAUUGGCAACAGACAUCUCUGAAAGAAAAUAGGUUAAAGUUUCUUCUCCUGGAUCAGCUGGCAUCAGACCUUGGCCAUACUGUCCCAAAUUCACAGCUCCAUCUGAUGUGCAGUGCUGAGGAUGUCUUGAAUUUCUACAGCACCCCUGUGAAGGAUGUAUCAAAGUUUGAUGAACUGUCUGCUGCAGAGCUACCCCCAAACCUGAAGAUUAUUUGGGAACAGUGAAUCGCACUGUGAGGCAUCAUG